CCCCCCCCCCCCCCCCCCCCCCCCCCCCCCCCCCCCCCCCCCCCCCCCCCCCCCCCCCCCCCCCCCCCCCCCCCCCCCCCUUAAAGGUUACUCUUAUACUUCUUAACGUGUUAAUUUGUCUGAAUAAAACUAAAUAAAUUUGGACCUCAUUGUCAAGUGUGCAGUUGUUCAUCAGUUUUCUCGACUGAUCUAAGUUUGUAUAAGAAUCAUUUCGAAACGGAAGUGGUGUUAAUGUUAAUGUUGCAAUAAUUCUAAUCAGUGUGUAUAGAUUCUAAUCGUGGAUGCAAAAGACUUAUAAGAGUGUUCCUAUGACUUUAUUAUGAAUCUGCGUCAAUGAUAUUUCAUUAUCUAUGAAAUAUAUAUGUUGAAACUUUACAAAUUACGUGAUUCAGUUCUUCUGCAACACGAAUUUUUAUGCGCAUGUGAUCCAAAUAUGAAAAAAUAUACGCAUGUGCAAUCAUUGAGACGUAUUGUUCUAUAGAAGAUAUAAUUAUUGUACACUAACGCUGUUAUUUUUAAUUCGAAGAACUUUUAUUAUUCCAAUUAUUUUAUUUAUUUAUUUCAGGUAGUGGUAAAUCAACUCAAAUUCCUCAAUAUUUAUGUGAGAGUGGAUGGACACGUAAUGGAAAAUUAGUUUGUAUGAGUGAACCUCGUCGAAUAGCUGCAGUUCAAAUAGCUCAACGCAUUGCCGAUGAAUCAGAUUGCUUAUUGGGCAAAGAAGUCGGUUAUCGUAUUCGAUUUGAAGAUUGUUAUACAAGCGGUUUAACUCAAUUAAUCGUCAUGACCGAAGGUCUAUUGUUAAGAGAAAUGAUGUAUGAUCCAUUGUUGAAACGAUAUAACGUCAUUAUUAUUGACGAAGCUCAUGAGAGAUCAUUACAAACAGAUUUGUUAUUAGGACUAAUAAAAAAAAUUCAAAAAGUAAGGAAAGAAUUACGGCUUAUUAUUACUUCGGCAACAAUAGAUAGUGAAAGAUUAAAAAUGUUUUUUGAACAACAAGAUGAAACAAUAACAAUAACAGAUAGUAAUAAAAGAAAAUACCAAGAUUUGUUAGAUGAUACAGUGGAUGAAAAUACAAAAGAAAAUGAAAAUCUAAAACAAUGUUAUAUUCUGAGUGUUGAAGGUCGAUCAUAUCCUGUUGAAAUUUAUCAUACGAAUGAACCUGUACCUAACUAUCGUAAAGCAUGUGUCGACUGUUGUAUUCAAAUCCAUGAAGAAGAGAAAUACAAUGAUAGUGGUGAUAUUCUAUGUUUUGUUGCUGGUCAAGAUGAUGUACAAGAGAUCACGCGUGAUUUACUAGCGUAUGCUAAUGAACAAGAAUCGCAGAAGAAAAAGAGAACAGAUGAACGAAAAAAAUUAAUUAUUUUACCUUUGUAUGCUAAUUUAAAAUUUGAUCAACAAAUGAGAGUGUUUGAACGAACACAACCGAAUACAAAAAAAAUCAUUGUGGCAACGAAUAUUGCUGAAACAUCCAUUACCAUCCCAGGUAUUGUUUACGUUAUUGACUGUGGUUACGUUCGAUUAAAAUUAUUUAAUCCUGAAUUCGGUUUUGAAGUAUUGACAACAUUACCUUUAAGUCAAUCAUCUGCUCUACAACGAGUUGGUCGAGCUGGACGAGUACGAUCUGGAAAAGCCUAUCGUUUAUACCCAGAGCAAGAGUAUUUAAAAAUGAAACAAUUUCAAAUGCCUGAAAUGCAACGAUCCGAUUUAUCUACAGUUAUUAUUCAACUGAAAGCAUUAGGUAUACAAAAUUUAGUACGGUUCGAUUUUCCGUCGCCACCGCCAUCAAAAAAUUUAUUACAAUCAAUUGAAUGUUUAUAUGCAUUGAAAGCAAUUGACCACAAUUCUUAUUUGACACCAGACAUAGGUACUAAAAUGGCUGAAUUACCUCUUCAUCCUACCCAUUCUCGAGCACUGUUAAUAUCGUCAAAAUAUGAAUGUACCCAAGAAAUAUUACGAAUUGUUGCCUCAUUACAAGUGAAAAAUGUGUUCAUUUCUCCGCCCGGUGAUCAACGUGCGAAAGCUCAAAAACAACAUGCAAAAUUCGCUUGUAAAGAAGGUGAUUUAAUAACACAGUUGAAUGUUAUAAAAGCCUACGAAGAGCAACCACUGUCAAAUCAAUAUAAAUUUUGUGAAAAAUAUUUUCUAAAUAUUAAAUCAUUAAAAAGAAUUUUGGAAAUAAAACACUCAUUAGAAAAAUAUUUACAACGUCUAUUAGACAAUGAACGAAAGUCAACUAUUCAAUCGUCAUGUGAUGGUGAAGUAUCAUCGGUAUUAAAAUGUUUAACAGACUGUUUUUUUAUGAAUGCCGCUAAAUUAGAAAUGGACGGUUAUACUUAUAAAACUCUGAAAGGUUCACAACAAUUACUUUAUAUUCAUCCAAGUUCAAUUUUAUCUCAAACUCUAUCCUAUGACAAUAUGAAUCAAUUACCACGAAUGAUUUUAUUUAAUGAACUUAUUCAGUCGUCAAAAUUAUUUAUGACCGAUAUAACAGUCAUUGAAACUAAUUGGUUAUAUGAAAUAGCAGGUCACUAUUAUGAACAAUUAACAUCAAGACAAUGGUAUAAACAAAGAAAAAUGAAUACAGAUAAUGUAUUACGCGUGAAACUUUUAUCAUUCACAAAUGUUUCAAAUAAACCGUUGACACAUGUUGUUUUUCAAAUAAAAAAGUUAAGACGUGUACACUAUACCGAUUCUAAAGAUGUUCUCGAAGAAAUGGAUCAUUCUUCAACUAUUAUAUUAUCGCUAAACAAUACAUUUAAUUGCUAUUUAAAUGCUGAUUCUUAUUAUCAAAUUAUAAUUUUAAAAUUGUGUAGUAAAACCAAAUCAAAAGUAAUAGACUAUCUUAUUUUAUCAAAAGAUUAUUUAUUACAUUUAGCUCAUGAUAAUACACACCAAUCUAUUCAUUUUGGAUGGGGUUUUAACCUUGAAUUCUCACUAGAAUUUGUCUAUGGUCUUAGUCAAAAACAAAGUUUAUCCAUUGCUGGAGCUAACACCAUGCUAUCGAAAAAACCGACAAGAUUAAUUUGUCGAACAAUCAUGCAUCAUGAUAUGAUAUUAAAACAAUUUUAUUAUCCAGUUUUUUGCUCAAUAUGUACAAGGUUUAUGUGGGGUUUAGAUCCUCACGGUUAUCAAUGUACAAUGUGCAAUCUAGUUACACAUAAAGGUUGUGCAGAAAAAAUUCCAUUUAAUUGUGUUCGUUCGCCGUUCAUUCAAUCUAAUACUCAGGGUUUAAAAGUUAAAAUUCCUCAUAUGUUUCAACAACAUGAACCACCAUUAAUACGAUCACUUAUUACUUCUGAUCUCGGUCACUGUAAUCAUUGUGGAUUUCAAAUUCUGCAAAAUGCAUUAAAAUGCACACAAUGUGGAUUUACUAUUCAUCAUCAUUGUCAAUCUUUACUACCAUCAAUGUGUGGAUUUCCCUACAAAAGCUUUGCUCAUGUGAUAGGUCUUAUUUUACCCGCUCAACAACCAAAUCUACAUUCACUAAAUAGACAUAUAUCGUCGUCAUUUGAUCGUAGUUGGUUAGAACCGUUGCCUGUCAUACCACACGGUAUCAUAACACCAAAAUUAGAAGACUUUAAAUUAUCUGAAAAAUUGGGAGAUGGGCCUCAUGCCAAAGUAUUUCGUGUAGAACAUGUACAAUCAAAGAAAAUAUUAGCGAUUAAAGUCGUUGAUGGAAAAAAUGCUGAAGGACGAAAUCAAAUCGAAGUAGAAAAAGUGAUAUUAUUUCGCUAUGCAAACGACAAUCCAUACAUAGUUAAAGCAUAUUGUACAUUUCAUAAAGAUAGUAACUUAUUUCUUGUAAUGGAAUAUAUUGCUGGAAAAACAUUAUCACACAAAAUGGUUUCAUCAUUUUUAUCUGAAGAUCAAAUAAGAUUUUAUGUGGCUGAAUUGGCUUUCAUUUUACAAUAUUUACAUUCAAAGAAUAUUGUCUAUAGAGAUUUGAAAUUGGAUCAUACAAUUGUCGAUGAAAGUGGACAUAUAUGUCUAAUUGAUUUUGGAUUAUGCAGAAUAUUACGAAAUGUGGAUGAAAAAUGUACAUCUAUAUGUGGAACACCAGGCUACAUGGCACCAGAAAUACUAGAUUCAAAAGGUUACAGUUUUCCCGUUGAUUUUUGGAGUUUGGGUAUUAUUUUAUUGCAAAUGUUAUGUGGAGAAGAAAUUUAUUCGCCAACGGAUGACAAUGAUAAUCCAAUUGAUUUUGGAGAAUUUUUUAAACAAAAUCCAUUUCUAAAACCAAUUACACCAGAAGCACAAUCAUGUUUAACUGCUCUUCUAGAAAUUGAUCCAGAGAAACGUUUAGGUUCUCCAACAUCGCCUCAUGGUCUACUAAGAAAACAUUCAUUUUUUAAUACGGGAACAAUAAUCAACUGGGAUGAAAUUGAACAAAAAACAUUUAAAUUAAAAACAAAAACACCUCAGGUGCACUAG